AACGAUCUCGCUGCGGACGGCGCGGCGGUGCGCCGCGCCGCCGACGUCCUCCAAAAAUUUCAUUAAUUCUUCUUUAUUUUAUAUAUGGCAACUGCUCAUGAAUCGACCAUUUUGCCGGCCCUUCAAGAAAGAAAGAGAGUAGGGAACGGGGCGAUGAGCCCGGCGGUCGAGGCUGCCAAGGAAUACGCGGCCGGCUUCGCCGCUGGUGUCGCCACCGUCAUCACCGGUCAUCCCUUCGACACCGUCAAGGUCAAGUUGCAAGCUCACAAUACAAAAACACAAGUGAAGGAAUACAAGAAUGCUUUACACUGCACUAGUCGGAUCUUGAUCACUGAAGGAGUAAGAGGAUUAUAUAAAGGUGCGUCAUCCUCGUUCAUUGGGAUGGCAUGUGAGAGUUCCCUUCUCUUUGGCAUUUAUUCCCAGACAAAGCAAAAAUUUCAGGGGGAAAUUCAGAACAACAGACCACAGCUCCAGGUAAUUAUUCCUUCAGCAGCAUUUGCUGGAGCAUUGAUCAGCUUUAUACUAUGUCCAACCGAGCUAGUAAAGUGUAGGAUGCAAGUUCAAGGGAAGGAUGCAGCAAUGUUUGUUAGAUACAAUGGUCCACUAGAAUGUGCUCUUAAAACUAUCCAGCAGGAAGGGGUCAAAGGCAUUUUUCGUGGUGGCUUAUCAACCUUUUUAAGAGAAUCAAUUGGCAAUGCAGUCUUCUUUAGCACUUAUGAGCUAAGUCGUCACCACUUGCAUAAGCAAUUGAGUUUUUCACCAUCUGCCUCAAGCCACCAUUCAAAGGUUUUAGUCGACACAGGGAUUGGCAUUGUUACUGGCGGACUUGCUGGAACUGCUUUCUGGUUAGCUGUUCUUCCACUGGAUGUUGCGAAAACUGUGAUUCAGACUUCUCCUGAUCCAAAUUAUAGUCGAAAUCCUCUCCAAACACUUUACGCGAUUUACAAGAGAGUGGGCUUGAGUGGAUGCUAUGCUGGUCUUGGGCCAACAUUAGCAAGGGCAUUUCCAGCUAAUGCGGUCGCCAUCGUGACCUGGGAGCUUACAGCUAAGUUUUUAGGGAUUAGGCGAGACUGAUACGAUGGUCUGCUUCCUCGCUGGUUUUGGACCGCAUGAGUUUUGCCUCAUCAACGUCUAGUACAUUUGAUCGGCUAAUAAUUUUUUUUAUUCUCCUUAUGCCACGUCAAGAAUUUUGCAGGCUCCAUGAUUUUUUUAGUUCUUACCUGGCCUUGUCGCUUUAUCUACUGACAACAAUGUAGCAGCUUCGAUACAUACAGGUCAGAUCCAUCUUCCCAAUA